CACUUUUCUAAAAACUUAUAAGCCUCAAUGAGGGUUAUGUCCUUGUGGGAAUUAAAAAAGUGUUGGUGUAACACAUUGCUCUAAGUGUUUGUACAUUUGCUCUAAGUGUUUGUACAUUAUUAUUUCAUAUUUGUACAACUAACUAAUGCCCUCAGAUUAUCGUCAUCUUCCCGUUACUCCUAGGUGUCUAUCCAUUCGCAUGCUCAAUGAUACCCUAAUUCGCGUCAUUUCCGUAGAUGAGCUAUGCUACUCUUAUAGGCAGUUUCAGGAGAAUUCGGGUUCCUGGAGACAAGCUUGACGGAAGAAGUAAGAAAGAAGAAUGGAGGUAAAAAUAGCUCCAUGAUUUGGCUUCAUGUCUUCCUGAGAUUGGCAAUACCUUCACUUUUUCACAUUUUGGGGCCUAUGCUCUGACAAAGAUUAUUCUAGCGAUUGAACCAAGAUGCAUUGAUGGUUCCCAGGUCUCACAGCAAAUGCAAGAAAAGCUUCACCCGUAAUUUCAAACAAUUAUAAACAUCAUUGAACGAGGUCAGAUUUAAGGGAAUAUAAAUUUUUUGUUGUUUAAGUGUGCUUGUGAUUAUGAACUAUCUUGACUAAAGCUUGUUGUGAUAUUUGAGUGUGCCAAUAUGAUCUUAAUUUGGUAGAGAAAAGUAAAGCUCUCUGAAGCAUGCUAAGUGUUUGUGUAUAUGCCUGAAUGAGUUUUUAAAAAUAUUUUUGUACUUCCUAUAUAAUCCGAAGUAUAAGUACUUCCUUAAUGUUCUUGGUUUAAUUUUAUGGAGUAUGUAGUUACUACUUUAUGGUUAAUUUUCUAUCUAACAGUAAUUUUGGAGAAACUCAAAGCUAGAGUAAAUAGUUUGAAAAACUAUUGCUGAAUAAUUUAGAAGAUUAAGGCUAGAGUAGUAGCACUUACUGGUAAAGUUCAAUGAAAUGAAUUCAAUCCAAUUGUAAAAAUUAAAACAUGGGAGAAACUUGGAAUUUGAGGUUAGCCAGAAAUGAUUGGAAUUUGGACCACGCUAAAUCAUAUCAUUCGUUUUGACUCAUUCAAACUAAACAAAUCAAUCUGCUAUUUUGUUGUGAAAAAGAAGUUACCUGUGAAAAAUCCAAAAUUGCUCUCCUUUCCAAGUUAGAAGUGUUGGCAAUAAUGCAUUAAGGCAAUUACAUAGUACUAGGGGUGCAAAUGAGCCGAGCCACUCGUGAGCCGCUCGCGAGCCGCUCGGUCAAAGCUCGAAUCGGGAUCGGUCAAAUUCGAGCUCGGCUCGGCUCGAGCCGGCUCGUUAAGCAGUCGAGCCCGAGCUCGAGCCUUCUAAUUUCAGGCUCGCUGGCUCGCGAGCCUAAUUUUAUAUGUGAAUAUUUAUAAUAUAUAUAUAUAUAUAUAUAUAUUAUAUUAUAUAAUCACAUAUAAUAUAUUACUGUGCAAUAUAAAUUAAUAUAUAAUGUAUACUGUUAUAAUGUACGGAGUAAUAUAUAUGAUAUACGAGUAUAUAAUAUAUGCUGAUUAGUAAAAUUUUAUAAUAUUUUAGGCUUAGGUCGUUACUACUCAGUAGAAAAACUUAGAAUGGACCGAUGACAGUGAAUUUUUACUACGGACUCAUUAUGGAGCAUCAUAAUGGUUAUCGAGCCUCGAGCCGAGCCGAGUCGAACCGAGCCUUCUGCGAGUCGAGUUCGAGCCGCGAUUUUGUAGGCUCGUUCGAGCCGAGCCCGAGCCGAUGCUAUAUAUUUCGAGCUCGAGCUCGAGCCUGUAGAAAAUCGGGCUCGGCUCGGCUCGUUUGCACCCCUACACGGUACUAGGAGGUCUGGGUGUAUUCUAAAACCUGGAACAAGUUAGCUGCUUUCUAAUGUGUGUAAAAAUAACUCCUUGCUAUAACAAGUUCUCUGUUAUACAUAAAGAACUAGAGAAGCAUUACUUACUUCCUCAAAUCUGAAAUUUAAAAGGGGUAGAAUUGCACUCUUGGUUUUUUUGCCCUACACUAUAGUGGUUUCUAAAACAGUAAAACUACUUCAUCUAUAAUUAUAGCGGCUUCUAUAAUAUAGGUCAAUGGUAUUUUUUUAAAACAAAAUGGAUUUAAAAACAGCAAACAAGUACAACUGGGGGCCAAACCUUAUUAAUAUGAAAAUAGGAAAAUAAGAGAUUUUCCUAUUAAUAUGAAAAUAGGAAAAUAAGAAUAGCUAAAGUGAAAAGAGGGAAGACCCAAAGAGUCUGAAAUAAGAGAUUUUUUGACUAAAUGGUGAACCUCAUUAAUAUUAAAAUAGGAAAGUAGUUGAGAAUCUGAACUAUCCGGAAAAGUAGUGGAUAAGUACUGGGCGGUCAAAUUAGUCUGUCGGUGAGUGUGUUGAAUAGUCACCUCUAUAUAGUUUAAUGGUACUUAUAAAACUAAUAAUUCAUCAAUAACUAUAGUGACUUGUAAAAGUAAUUCAUGUAUAACUAUAAUGGCUUCGAUAUACUUUAUAGGUUAAGUGCACACAUAAAAAAGCUAACACUCCAUGAUAACAAAUAAGUUCCUAUCUUAUUGCAAAAGAUGUUAACCAACCAUGUGUUUUAUUAAAUCUACAUGUGUUCGAUAUACACUUCAUUAAAAAGAUGAAUAUAAUUUGAAAGCCUUUUGAAUAUGAUACCACACCCGUUUUGAUGUGUGCUGCUACCAUAGUCUCGUGUUUAAACUGAUGAUAAGAGAUAGUGCAGGAUAUGUUUGGGAAAUAGGUUUUUUUUGUUUAUAUUACACUACUAAAUAAAAAUGGUUCCUGCAUCCUUGGGACCUUGCCUCUAUUUAUUGCUUCAGUUUAAAAACUGCUAAUGUACCUUGAGUUUAUUGCCUCUAUUAAUGGAUCUGUUUUUACUUAUCAACAAAAAACAGAAAAGUCAGUGACUAAACAUGGUUUCUGCUUAUAUGUAUUGUACUCAAUUUGAUUCUUUGCAUCCAGAACUGAGGAUUUUCAUGACUAUACCUGGUUAGGUCUGGGUAUCUAUUUUGGUUAGAACACUGCAGUUGUUAUGAUAACUUGAUUAGAACACUGCAGUUGCUAUGAUAACUUGGUUCACAAAAGGUUGGUGGUUGGCAUUUGAUUUUAUGCCAAGCAACUUCACUAAGACUAACUCACAUUUGUUUCUCACAGAGUCACAUGUACAAAUAUAUGAUUCUUGUGAAGUGAUUAUAUUUUUCAAAGCAAGUGUCUCUAGAGCCUAUGUUUAUGGUGUGGGGAACUUAUAAGGCGUGGGGAACUUAUAAAUAAUAUAAACAAUAUUUAUAUUUUGAAAAAAUCACAUUGGGCACUAAACCUAUCGCGCAACGCGCGUGUAAUAACUAGUUCUAACAUAAAGAAUAACCAAAUUUUACAUAUGGGAAGUUGAAUAGUCAGCCGUAUCAAUUGAAGUGUCCCAUCAGUAAUUACAAUGUCUAUCAGCCGUAUGCAUUUGCAUGCUCCCCUAUAUAUACACACAAGAGAUGUCGCUACUUGCUUGAGUUAGUAUGUGCCUUCGAGAGUUAUUACUGCAUAGUGAAGACCAAAAAUAAAGAUGAGUAUGUGGAGUAUGAUAAAGGAUAUUGACAAGUCCAAAUGCACCUGGGCUGUAAAGGUGCGUGCAAUUCGUGUUUAUUGUGUUCCUGCCCGUGAUAGAUUCCAACCGUUCCUUGACUGUAUCUUUCAUGAUCAAGAGAGUACCAAGGUUCAUGCCCACAUCAAGAAAAAUUAUAUGGCUAAGUUUGAACACCUAUUCCAGGAAGGCAACCCCUAUGCCAUAAAAAAUUUCAUGGUGCAUGAUAAUAAGAUGAAAUUCCGUACUACUGAAAAUGGUUUCAUAUGGGAAUUUAUGAAAAAAACAGAGGCAUUUGAGUCUAAGCCUGAAUUCCCGUUGAAACAAUUUGACUUCAUUUCAUUUUUUGCUCUGCAAGCUCAAGAACAUAUUGAUGAAAAAAUAGUCGUGGACAUCAUCGGAAAGGUUGAGUAUCCAAGACAAGAGAAGGUUAUUAAAAAAGAGAACGGUGAAAAGAGGUUGAGGGAAAUAGUAUUGAGUGAUGCUGAGUAAGUAGUACUAGCACCAAGUGUUGAUGUAUGAUUUUUAUUUAACUAUUAAUACAAACAGGCAACUUAUUGUUUAAUGAACUGUCUUAAUGUGUCAUUGUGAUGGUUUUUCUCAAUUCAUAUGAUUUGUUGUUUCAGAGGAAAAUCAAUCAUUUGCUCUCUCUGGGAAAGUAUGAUAGAUGAGUUUAACUCAUAUUCCAACAGUAAAUAUGAUUCCACCAUUUUACUUCUUUAGCGAUGUCGGGCCCAUAAAUAUGAUGGUGAGUUUAUGAUAUUUGUCUAUUACUUUGGAGAGCUGUCAUGUAGAGAAUUGUUAGUAACUACUAUAGCUGGUAUUUUGUUAAACAAAGUGAAUUUAUGUCUGUACUCAUGUAAUGUAUAUGUGUCAAAUGUGCACAAUGUUACAAAAUUGAUCUUAAAUGGUGAGGGUGAAGAGUUCCGUGAUUUGAGAUCGAGGUAUGUCUAAACUUCGUUUUUUCCACAUCAGUUUUGAACUUUUUCCCUUUUUCGAUCUAAAGUACUUUAAUAAACAAUUUUUUCUUUUGACAGGUUACCAUUUAGUGGUGAUUUCAACCUUGCUUUGUCAAUGACAUCUCAAACAAAUUACAAUGAUGACAUAACUUCAGGAAAUCUUGAAUUAACCACAAUUCAAGAUUUGUUCCACAUUAAAGAGGAUGGUCGGCACUGGAUUUUAGCUGAGAUUAUUGCUAUAGAUAGCUACAAAGAUUGGUGUUAUGUUUCAUGCAAGAGUUGCAACCGCAAAGCGUUACCAUUUGGAAACUCCUUUCAGUGUGUGAAUUGCCCGUGUAAAGAAGUUGUACUUAUAUAUGUUAUACUUCGUAUUUUUUUUUGAAUAAAUGUGUAUCGUUUUGUGUUUUCUAAAUAUUAAAUAUUUAAUAUUAAGUGUGGAAUAACAUGUGCAAGUAUAAGGUUAAUAUUUGGGUCUUAGAUCACAUGGGCAACGCCACGUUUGUGCUAUGGGAUAAGGAGUGUACUAAUUUGAUUGGGAAAAUAGCUAAUGCACUACAAGAUGAAAUUGGGAGGAAAAGUUUUGGUCCAGAUAAUUUCCCAACUGAGAUAGAAGGAUUAGUCGAUUCUCAGAUGUUGUUUAAGGUGCGUAUCAAGAAAGAGGAAAUUGGCUUCAAGGGAGCAAGAACAUUUAGUGUUAUUGAUGUGAUGGAUGAUGCAAAGGUUAUUUCUCUAUAUUCUUCUCCCAAGGCAGUGGGAAUUGAGGUUGAUGAUGAGUUUACUAUACUAAGGCGAGAGAUGGAUUGUGAGAAGGUUGGGUCUUCAAAUGCAGAAGCACGUAGUCCGUUGAUGAUCGAUGUUAAUGAAAAUGAAAGUGUUAAGCGUGCUUUGUUGGGGGAGUUUUCAUCUACAGAAUCUUCCAAGAAACUGAAGACAAGCAUUAAACAAGAAAAGAAAUGACUAGAAAAAAAUGCCAAUAGACGUUGUUUUGGAUGAACUUAUUUUCCCUACACCUGGAAAAGGGUAGGAUUGUUUUGGAUGAGGAUUCUACGUGUAACAUAAAACAAGGUAGUCCACUUGCACAACUUAUUGUGAAAUCUAAACUUAUUGUUUGGGAUGAAGCCUCAAUGCUCCAUAAGUAUUGCUUUAAAGCUCUGGAUAGAAGCAUGAGAGAUAUUAUGCGAUUCUCUGAUCCAAAUGGUCCUUAUGAGCCUUUUGGGGAAAAACAGUUGUAUUCGGAGGAGACUUUCGUCAGGUGUUACAAGUGAUUCCUCAAGGUAGCUGACAAGAUAUUGUUAAUGCCACGAUAAACUCUUCAUAUUUGUGGCAAAACUGUCAAGUUUUAAGAUUGACGAAGAACAUGCGGUUGCAAGAUCCAAACAAUGUGCAUGAUUGUGAAGCGAUCAAAAGUUUUUUUGAAUGGAUUGCUACAACGGGUGAUGGUGUAGCUGGUGAAGCAAAUGAUGGAUGUGCUUCAAUUAAAAUUCCAGAAGAUUUGCUUCCACAUUCUUCGGGUGAUCCUAUAGCGACUAUUGUUCAGAGCACAUAUCCACAAUACCCGCAUAUAUCUGAUGACUUCAGCUAUUUUAGAGAUAGAGCUAUAUUAGCUCCUACUUUAAGUGUUGUAGAUGAAAUUAAUGAUUAUAUGAUUUCACUCAACACUUCUCAACCUUCAAGAACAUAUUUAAGUGCGGAUAGUGUGUGCAAGUCAGACUCUAAUGUGAAUCUCUUAGCGGACUUGCAUACACCUGAGUUCUUAAAUAAAAUUCGUAUCUCAGGUGUGUCUAAUCAUGAACUCACAUUGAAAGUGGGAAUUCCCGUAAUGCUUUUACGUAACAUUGAUCAUUCAAUGGGAUUGUGCAAUGGAACAAGGCUCAUAAUAACAAGGCUUGGAGACCAUAUAUAUUAGGAGCAAAAGUUCUAACUGGAUGAAGUAUGGGCCAAGAAGUGCUUAUUCCAAGAUUGUCUCUCACUCCUUCAGAUGUCAGGCUUCCAUUUAAGUUUCAAAGAAGACAAUUUCCGAUAAUGGUUGCUUAUGCGAUGCCUAUAAAUAAAAGUCAGGGUCAAUCCCUUUCGCAUGUUGGUUUAUUGUUGAAGAAACCUGUGUUUUGUCAUGAUCAGUUGUAUGUUGCAAUUUCUAAAGUUACAAACCACAAAGGGUUGAAAUUUUUGAUUCUAGAUGGUGAAAACAAUAGCACAAAUGAG